AAAACAAGAAUGGAGAAAAUUACUACUGCACCUUUUUCUCACAACAAUACAACAGAUGCCACUGGAAAAAAUGGCUCUUUGUAUGAUGAACAUGCUGAGCUGAGACAGUCUCUUAACAUCAUGUCUCUCAUCGUUUACUGUCUGGCCUUUGUUCUUGGUGUGCUCGGUAAUGGAGUGGUUAUCUGGGUGACCGGGUUCAAGAUGAAGAAAACUGUUAACACAGUUUGGUUCCUCAACCUCGCUUUGGCCGACUUCCUCUUCACAGCAUUCCUGCCCCUGAGUGUUACAUACACAGCUAUGGACUUCCACUGGCCUUUCGGCAAGUUCAUGUGCAAACUUCACAGCACUAUGACCUUCCUGAACAUGUUUGCCAGUGUCUACAUUCUGGUGGUGAUCAGUGUUGACAGAUGUGUGUCUGUGGUGUGGCCCGUCUGGACCCGGAACCAUCGAAGUGUACGCAAGGCGUCCUUUGUGAGUCUGGGUGUUUGGGUUCUGGCUCUGAUUCUCAGCGCUCCAUACUUCAUCUUCAGAAACACUGGGCCAUCACAUGACAAUAACGACAUCAUCAACUGCUUCAACAACAUGACUAUGAAACACCGUCUGUGA